AUGAUCUCCGACGACGACCUCUUCCGUCUCGCCAUCUUCCUCGGCUCAGUCGCCAUGCUCCUUAUAGUCCUCUACCAUUUCCUCGAAGUCAAUGCCAAAGACGACUCACAGUCUCCUCUAUCAACUUCAUCGACGACAGCCACAGACAAGAAGAUCCCUGUUGGUGCGGAUCCAGUUGGUUUUUCGCCUGCCGCUGCGAUUUCCGCAAGAGGGUCGUUUAUGGCUGUUGGUUUGAUAUGA